AUGAUUUUGCACUGCCUAAUCCGGGGUCAGAGCCGGCGCCUAAAGUCAGACGCCUUCUCCCUAAUUAGGUAUUAUUCCUGGGGUAUGCGAGCGGUAGAGGAAGAGGCCGCUGCCUGCGAAGCCACAGUCAAACGCGUUCAUGAGAUGGCGAAACUGAAACGUUUCACAGGCAGCCUCCCCGGCGAUGAUCCGACCUCCCAUAUCCUGCCUCUUCGUCUCCGUGUAGCUCAGUGCUUGUCCGGUGGAGCGCGCUCACCCGUCGGCAUGAGUCGCCGGCCUUCCCCCGUUCAUAAUCCUCAUGAACUUGUAGGUGCUGGGCCACCUCUUGAGUGUGGUAUCAGCGAACGGCGCUGCACUACUAGUCUGCUCGAAGCGCCUACAGGGCCGCCAAAGAACGUAUCGCUUCCCCAGCGUGUCAUCUCCAGUUCUUCGGUCGCUGGCGAGUCUGCCGGAAUUUUUAUUCGCCGUAAUGCGAGCGGUCAGCCCAUUGCUCCUUCCUCAGCGUACGCCAGUAAUGUAGGCAAGACGGCAAGGGCACCAGCCAGAGAUCGCGGGCCCCCUCAGCCUCUGCGCUUCUCUCCUCGGCGCCUUCUGCUCGGGUCACAGAUGUCACUUGACGGCAGCGGGUCGCCUACCUCAGGGCAGGUCCAGGGGACCAGCCUGUCGGAAUCUAUGCGUACUGAAAUGAGGCCGAGAAUUUAUGAGCCGCGAACAGAAGAGGCGCCUUGCUUCACUCCUGUGUGUUCUCGGCCUCGAUAUCCAGGAGCAGAUCCUCCAGGGGGAAGAUCCCUGUUGAACGGUCACUCCUGUGACCAAGAAACUCUAGAGCCCCGAGGCAGCCCGAGAAGGCGUCCGGUUUUGCGUCCAGGACACAGUGAAGGGGGAGAGUUUUCAACAGGCGCCUCUCCGGCGGCGAGUUCCUCUUCAUUCAAUAGCCAUACAUGGCGGGUGAAUAGUUUUACGGACUACAGCAGCUUUGUAGAGUACUGUGGAGGUGACGCUGUUGUUUCGGGUCCUCUCAUAGGAGCUGGAGAGUACGAUCGUGGGCCCGCUGCGGUCGAGGAACAAGCUGACAGCGACAGAGAACGGGACUCACGAGGGCUUGACAGGGACGGGAAAAUUUCCUCUCAUCGUUAUCCAGACGGUGAAGCUGAUGGUCUCGAGCUCUCGGACCCGGGCAGGGGGACUGCCACUCUGCCCUCUCAGGGAUAUUUCGAUAGGGCCAUCCACGCGCGUCAAGCAUCCCCCUUCGUUAGCACAACGGCUCGGCAGGUAGCCUCGCACUUGGUAAAACCGAGCAAUGAGAGUGACUGCCUUCCAAAUGGCCUGCCCCGGCCACGCCCUCUCGAACCUCACGCACCACCUGGAUCACCCGGGUGCGAGACCCAAGGCUCCCCCAAGGCACGUGGCGAUUUUAGACUGACUUCCCUUCGGCUGCCGCCUCCACAGUCACCCUGUCCUCCGGUUACUAUUACAUAUAAAAGCGAAAAGCAAAGUAUCUGGGAGGAGCCGAGACCGGAAAAAGAGAAAAUCCGGGCUCGCGUGCAUGUUGUGGGCAGGAAGUGGCCGCCUCCAAUGCCCGCACAAUUUUUCCCGACUUGA